AUGUGGAUUCUCUCGUUUUGGAUUUUCCCCGUGAUAUCUGGGUGCAUGUGGAUAGCUACGCUAAUAGCUAUGCUGUCAACCUGGGCGGCGGACGGAAAACCAAGAUAUUCAACCAUGGACAAUGGGGCCAGCAUUCCUUACAUUUCCCAUAUCGGAGCUGAAGGGAUCAAACCGCUGUUCAUCGCCGGCAGUGCAGUAACAGUCGUGUUCAUGGAUCUCGCUCUCCUCUCUGAGCGUUGGCUUCGUCAUGCCGGUCAACUUGCCCGAAACAAAGGGAGAUUCGACAAGACCUGUGCGGUUGGAUCGAUUCUAUUCUCCAUUGCUGGCGCUGUAGGUCUUAUUCUUCUAUCCAUCUUUGAUACGAAGAAUCAUAACAAGCUCCACCACGGAUUCUUGGGCAUGUUCAUAGCGUGUUACGUGGUCUGUGCUAUCCUGGUGUGUCUGGAAUACAUCUACAUUGGCCGAUUCUACCACCCGCAAGCCCGGAUCUUAAUGGUCAGCUUCGGUAUCAAAUCCCUUUUCGUCAUCUGCGAACUUGCUGUCGCGAUUGCAUUUGGUGUAUGCAUGAAAAAAGGAAAUAAGCAGAACGCAGCAGCUAUUUUGGAAUGGGUUGCCGCUUUUAUAUUCGAUUUCUUUGUAUUUUCUUUCGUCAUUGACCUCCUACCGUCUGUUCUCGUCCUCGGGGUCACAGCCUGGGCAGUCCGCGAGACCAAAACCCUUACAGUGAUCUUCUCUUUGGUGGUGGCCGUCCUCACUCCAAUCGUCUACGGCAUAACACUAAGCACCAGCUGCAUCACCAAACGUUACAGAUGGCACGUUCUCCCUCUGCUUCUGACCGACGCGGUAAUUUCUUACCUCUGGCUCACUGCAUUCAUCUUCCUGGCUUUGAAUUUCAACCAGGUCAGCUGCAAGGUCCACCUCUGGAACAACCAGACAGUAUGUAGCCGGAAGUAUACGGUCGAGGCAUUCAGUUUCAUUGCAUUCUUUACUACUUUCGGGGCUCUAGCAUUUGAAGUUUUGUAUACUUAUCAACCGAAGGACGACAGCUUACUACAGGAGAAAGAACACGGGGUGGCAAGAUUGGAGAAUAAUCUCCAGAACGCCGGGGUCAUGAGUCCAGGGUGA